UCGGACAUCAAGGUCCUGAUGUCCAGUUUUGCAUCACGGUGCCAUUUAGUUGCAGCCAACUCCAGACGGACCUUGAAAUGUUACACAGCUUUAAAGGUCAGAUUCCUCAUAUCGUGCUGCACUCACUCAGUAUUCACAGGAAAUUUUCAUCCACCGCGUGCUUUGAACUACUUGUUCGUGGCAGCUUCCUUGUUUAAAUAAGCUCUUCUUGCAAUUUGCAUCUGAUAUCCUGUUUUUAUUUGCGUGCCAGAGGAACCCCGGACAAAGAACUUUACCAGAAAAAAGGAGAACAAAGUCACUUCAUCAUUGGCUGUUAGGGAACCAUGUGCAGUUCCCUGAGCCCCAAACAGCCCAGCGGGCCCGGCCUGACAGACAUGCAGCAGUACCAACAGUGGCUUUCCAGUCGACAUGAGGCCAGCCUGCUGCCUAUGAAGGAAGACCUGGCCCUGUGGCUCACUAAUAUUCUUGGUCUGGAAAUCACUGCUGAGAGCUUCAUGGACCGCUUAGACAAUGGCUUCCUGUUGUGCCAGCUGGCUGAGACACUGCAGGAGAAGUUCAGGCAGAGUAAUGGAGAUCUGCCUACCCUUGGCAACAGCAAGAGAAUUCCCAAUCGGAGGAUACCGUGUCGGCGGAGCGCUCCAUCCGGCUCCUUCUUUGCACGGGACAACACAGCCAACUUCCUGGCCUGGUGUCGUGAGGUCGGAGUUGGAGAAACAUGUCUGUUUGAGUCAGAGGGUUUAGUUCUUCAUAAGCAGCCACGAGAAGUCUGCCUUUGUCUUUUAGAGCUGGGCCGGAUAGCAUCACGGUACAAUGUGGAGCCUCCUGGCCUUAUAAAACUGGAGAAAGAGAUUGAGCAAGAAGAGAAAGCGCCUCUACCUCCUCCGUCACCUGUAUCUCCAGCUCAGCCUGUCCCUCCAUCACCCUCUUCAUCCCCUUCCCCAUCCCCUUCCCCAUCCCCAACUCCUACCAAAGUGACUUCUAUCAAAAAAAGCACAGGGAAGCUUUUGGAUGAUGCCGUAAGACAUAUCGCCAAUGAUCCACCUUGCAGAUGUGCAAAUAAGUUCUGUGUAGAGAGACAGUCGCAGGGUCGAUAUCGUGUUGGGGAGAAGAUGCUCUUUAUUCGGAUGCUGCACAAUAAGCACGUGAUGGUGCGAGUCGGUGGAGGCUGGGAGACCUUUGAGAGCUACCUGCUGAAACAUGACCCAUGCCGCAUGCUCCAGAUUUCCAGGGUGGAGGGCAAGAUAUCCCCUAUAAGCAGCAAGUCCCCUAAUAUCAAGGACCUCAGCCCUGACAGCUACCUGGUGGUGGCAGCGCACUACCGCAGCAAAAAGUGAAGACACGAGACUGAAAAAAAUCCCAUUAAUAAAAGGACAGAUUGACUUCGUGCUGUUUUUUACUGUGUAGAGAAGGGGGCAUAGCUAUGCAACAUAUCCCUGUUCUCAUGAAGUAAAUAUUAAAGCUGUAGUGCAACACCA